AUGGUGCUUCAUAACCCAAACAAUUGGCAUUGGGUCAAUAAAGAUGUGUCGGGCUGGGCGAGGGACUAUCUUCAGGAGAAACUGACGGUAAUCUCUGCUGAGGAAAAUGGUGUCACUGCAAAGAUAUCCAAGGUGGUUAGCAUGGAUGGCGAUGUCGAUGUCAGUCAGAGGAAGGGAAAGGUCAUUACGCUUUUUGAUGUCAAGUUGCAAUUAGAUUUUGAGGGCUCGACAAGCGAGGAUGAAAAUGUCACUGGAUCCAUUAAAAUCCCAGAGGUCGCCCACGACACCGAGGAGGAUGAGUAUGUCUUUGAUAUCAGUCUCUAUUCCGAAUCUGCCUCGAAACAACCGGUGAAGGAUCUUGUUCGUUCGAAGCUUGUACCGCAGCUUCGCACCGAGCUCGUCAAAUUAGCCCCCGCUUUGAUCGCAGAGCACGGUAAAGAUAUUCAGCAUGCGCCCGGAUCCAACCCAGGCAGCGGCUUUGCGACGCCCAAGUAUCUUUCGAAUAACUCUCCAUCCACCCCACAACCCACAGCACAAACAACCACAGCGGCCACGCGCAAACAGGCUGUAAACACCGUUACUGUCACUGCAUCGGAUGAGUUCCGUACGACUGCGGAGGAGAUGUAUACUACCUUUACCGAUCCCCAGCGCCUUGCCAUUUUCACCCGUGCCGCUCCGAGACGAUUUGACGGUGCCGAAGUCGGUGGCCAGUUCUCCAUUUUCGACGGAAAUGUUAGCGGUGAGUUUGUAAAACUCGAAAAGCCAACUCUUAUCGUUCAAAAGUGGCGCCUUGCCCAAUGGCCGGAGGGUCACUACAGCACCCAAGAGAUUCAUUUUGACCAAAACGACGUCGACUGCGUUACCUCCCUGCGUGUCAAGUGGGAUGGUGUCCCUAUCGGACAGGAGGACGUGGUGCAGCGCAAUUGGGAAGUGUACUAUGUCAGGAGUAUCAAGCAAGCUUUCGGGUUUGGCACUAUUCUCUGA